AUAUCCAAGUUGUCAACAAUUCGGUCGUACAAUUUUCUAACCUUUUUUCGCAAAAACCUUUAUUAUAUAGAUUAUAACCAAAUGUCCGUAGGACAAAUUGUAAACCUUUUGAAGAUGAAAGUGAGAAUUGUACCGGCAAUGGAAGUUGGGAAAAACUAUAUGUAUUUACUAAUUGAUCAGGCUUCAAAGACAGCUGCUGCAAUUGAUCCAGUUGUUCCAAAUAAGAUAGAAGAAGCCGCUGCUGAAGAAAAAGUAAAAAUAACCCAUCUAUUGACAACCCAUCAUCAUGCAGAUCAUAGUGCUGGUAAUGAAAGAAUGUCUAAAUUAUUUCCUGGUCUAGAGAUUGUUGGAGGUGAUGAUCGAAUUCCAGCAAUGACUAAAAAAGUUGGAAAUGGUGACAUUUUCAAUUUGGGAAAUCUUAAAGUGACCUGUCUACAUACUCCGUGUCAUACCAAAGGUCAUAUUUGCUAUUUCGUUUCAAGCGAUUCAAGUGUCGAAAAAGGAGAAAAUGUUGUGUUCACUGGCGAUACUUUAUUCAGUGGGGGCUGCGGUCAUUUUUUUGAAGGUACCCCUGACCAGAUGUAUAGAGCUUUGAUAGAAGUGCUAGGAUCUCUACCAGACGAGACAAAAGUCUUCGUUGGUCAUGAAUAUACUGUCAAUAAUUUGAAGUACGCCGCUCACGUUGAACCAAAUAAUAAGAAAAUUGCCGAGAAGCUCCUCUGGGCUCAGAAACUCCAAGCUGAGGAUAAAUUUACUAUGCCUUCUUCCAUCGGUGAGGAAAAGCUUAUAAAUCCAUUUAUGAGAGUUAGAGAAGAGAGACUUAAAAAGUAUACCAAUGAAACAGACCCUAUUAAAGUUAUGGGCAAGCUGAGACAAAUGAAAAAUGAAUUUAAACUCUAAGUUAAUGAAUACCAGUUGAAUAAAUUUAAAAAGUGAAAUAAACUCAAGCUUAUAAUCAUAUGUAUUUUGGUUAAGUACAAACUCAAGAGUUUCAGUUUAAAUAGUUGCAGAAACAUGUAGGACAUAUCUUUUAACAAAGUUUGAAUAUAAAAUAUCUAAUAUACAAGGUUGUUUUACAAUAUCAAGCAAAACUUUCCACUGGAUGAAAUGCUAAUUUAGCGUAAAAAGAGAAGAAAACGUUAACUCAAGAAUUCUCCUUAUCGACAUGAAUUUUUAGUUUUUAAAAACAAGAGUAACAAUGGGUUAUUGAAUUAUUAUUAUUUACAUUCUAUACCCCUUGGUACCUAUAUUUAUGUAAAGUUUACAGAUAGCUACAGAUAGGUUCUCAGUGGUUAGAUUUUUAUCAACGUCUAAGCCCUUCAUCGUAACGUCUGCUCCUUAUUUUGCGAUCGUCUGCAUAUUUCCUUUCUUCGGAUCUUUUCCUGCGAUAAUUUCUUCUAUCCUGAUCUGAAUCAUUGUCACUAUCGUUUCUUUUUCUAUUUUCUUUAUCAUGUUUAUCAUUUCGUCGACUAUAACUAUCUUUCCUCGGUUUAUCCUCAUCAGAUGAGUAUUUUCUAGCUUUCUCUUGAUAAUUACUCCUUCUAUCAGAACUUUCACCUUUUCUAUCUCUGUCAUCGUCGGAAUCAUAUCUCCGCCUCUCUCGUCUUUCAAGUCUACGACUUUCCGACUUUUUACUUUCUGGUUCUUUGUCUUCACUAUCAUCACUAUCAUACCUUCUAUUUUUUCUUGUAUCUUUCUGCUCGUAUCUUCGACUCUCUCGUCUUUCUUCUUCACGAUCACUAUCAUCUCUUCUUCGUCCGUUGUCUUUAUACUGCCGAUCACGUCUUCUAUCAGUUUGCCCACUUCUAUUUUCUCUUCGAGCUUCUUCACUAUCACGUCGCUUAUUGUCUCUAUUGCUGAUGUCAUAUCCUCUGCGAUCUGUUCGGUCAUUUCUAUCAUAUUUUCCAUCUUCAUCUGUAUCACUAUCUCUUCGCUUGCUUUCUUUACUGCAGUGCUCAUUUCGUUUUCGGUCUGUUCGUUCAUUUCUUUGAUUUCUUCUAUCUUCAUCUGUAUCACUAUCUCUUCGCUUGUUUUCUUUACUAUAAUGCUCAUAUCGUUUUCGAUCUGUUCGUUCAUUUCUCUGAUUUCUUCUAUCUUCAUCUGUAUC